UACACAAGCCGCCAUAUUGGUUUUGUGUUUUUGCCGAGAAAGAAAGAGAGAGAAGAGCGCGUGUUAUGUUGUUGUUUUGCCCGUCUUGCGCUAAUGUGCUGGUGGUGGAGGAAGGCACGGGUCCGUCGGCCUACAGGUUCGCUUGUCAGACAUGUCCAUAUGUUCAUAAUAUCGCGAAAAAGGUGUCAAGUAAGAAGUACCCCAAGCUAAAGGAGGUUGAUGACGUUCUUGGUGGAAAGUCUGCAUGGGAGAAUGUUGACUCUACUGAGGAGCGCUGUCCAAAGUGCGACCACAACCGAGCAUACUUCAUGCAGAUUCAAACACGCUCUGCAGACGAACCCAUGACUACAUUCUACAAGUGCUGUAGCUGCGGCAAUAGAUGGAAGGAAUAAGAAUAUGUAAGGGGAACAACCUAUUUUUAUUCUAAAUUCAAUAGAAUAAAAGAGACAAGCGUAUAUGGCAACCAAAGACCGUUGUACCACAACAGACACCAACAAAACAUUUCAAUUUCAUGUGCUUGCUUGAUUGGUCAGCAGAAUCAGCACAUGCGUUUAAUAGAACAUUUGCUUGGCUCAAGUUGCGGCAUCAUGAAUCUAGCUCACCCCUGUGUUAAUAUACAAUGAGCUGUGGCCUCAAGCAAGAAGGUAGUUUCCAUUCUUGUCUUUAUCAUUGUCUGUGUCAUUUAUUCUGCUUAUGCAGAAGCUAUGCUUCUGCAUAGCUUGGGAUUUCACCACAGGUUUUAGUUUUUAAAAGUUAUAAGAAAAAGCUGGUCGUUGUAUAUUCUAGUAAUGGUUACUAAACAUAAAAGGUAAGAGCCGUAGCAGGCCACUUAAGAUUGGGGGUGGGGGGAGGUGUGCAAUACAGAAACAUUAAGAAAAUAUUGGAUGCACAGCCGGGCCCCUACUGGUAAUUUUCUUAUAUUUUUUUUGGAAAAUUUGGGGGCAGCACAUACUGUACCCCCUGUGCCCGGCCCCCUGCUACGGCCCUGAAGUUUGCGAUGUGGUUGAAAGGGGGAACCCCAGAGUACAGUUACACAAUCUCUGUGCACUAUACACUAUACCUUCAUCCAAUAGACCACCAGUAGACUCAGGGUCUUUAAAAACAAUUCAUAUUUGUGACUUUAAUUAAUGAGGGGGGACCUUAAAAAUAAAGUAAUGUAAAAUUGAA